CUCUAUUUAGUGCUUCUGCAGUGCCUAGCACCGUCCCUAACAAGCUGCUCAGGUUGCACAAACAAGGAGCACCGAGAGUCCUAGCAAGCACAUCCAAAGUGAUGCUCCCCCACCCCAUCCAGCACAGCCACAAGACUUCAUUGCAUAAACUCUCCCAGCUGCUUCCACCCUCCAACAACCAGAGGCCAAUGCAAGUUUGGGCAGAGGCAGCGAGCGAGAUCCUUGGAGGGAAGCCAGCGCUUAGCUCCCACAAAUGGUUUGUGACUAACAAUUGCUGCAAAAGCCCUGUUGCGCAGAUGCUUCCCUGACUAAAACAUAUUAUUCAUGGCCUGGCCCACAUCAGGAGCCAGCCUUUCCAAGUACUGCUUCUGCAGCUGCCCCAGCCCCAAGGAGGUAUAUAAACCCUCCCCGCUGCAUCGGUUGAGAAACACCAGCUGAGAUGAAGCCUUUCCUGACAGUGCUCCUGACUGCGGUCCUGUACGCAGAACAAGCUAACGCGCUGCUAUGUUAUACGUGCAACGCGCAGCCCAGCAAUGACUUAUGCAUGGUGGCCGAUGACUGCCCGAAUAAUGCCAAAUACUGCGGCACCACCGUUGUCAUGAACCCACCUGGCUUUCCCAGCGGGAUACGCAUCAGCAAGAUGUGCAUGGUCAUGUGUCAAGAAACCAGGCAAAACAAUGGAACCAUGUCCACCACUUGCUGCCACACUGACUAUUGCAAUUAUAGCAGUGCGGCCACCUCCGGGAUCAGCGCUGCUGUGCUGGUGGCUGCCUUCCUGGCCAGCUCCCUCCAUCUCCUGUCCUGGACUGGACCCUGAUGCAUUGGGGAAUUGCAGGGGUUGGGCAUCUUAAAUAGCAAGACCCUGUUUGCAAAGAGUUUCCUUGUUGUGUUUCUCACCACAGUUGUGCUCCAAAACCUCCCCGACCCAGCCCCGUGUCUCUCAGCCCAUCUGCUCAGUUGAGCAGAGUUGCGGGAAACUCAGCUGAAACGUGCUGCCCUUGUAGACAAACCUGGCUGAGUCUAGGGUGGGAGCUGCCACGCAACAGGCCCCACUAGUAAUGAUGCUGAUCAUCAUGGAGGGAGGGGGGGGGGGGGGGGGUCACAGCAAUAAUGAUAAUGGCUCUUAUUCUGCCCUAAAAGCAGAGCACGGGACGGCUGGGUAAGGGUGGUGGUGGAGGUGAUGCGCUUCAGUCCCUGGGGUCUGACCACGCUGAGGCUCCCAGCAGUGACUCUCUCCCUGAUUUCCCACCUGGCCAAGCCACUAAUAAAGAAACCCUUGAAAGAA